CUUGACACCGGAUUGGUGGGGGACAUAUAUAUAUUUGCCUUCAUCCAGUUGCCAUUGAGUUGCGGAACGAUGCAGGCCUGCAGGGUGUCUUUUCUCUUGGCUUUGCUCUUGCUAGUCGAAGCGGGAUGGUGCUCAGCGAGCAACAUUUUGGUUAUAUCAACGGUAGCUUCUCCAAGCCACAGCAUUUGGUGUAAUAAACUGGCACAACUGUUGGUGGACAGGGGACACACGGUCACAAUACUGGAUACAGAUCCUCCGAGGAAGAAGUUGGCGAACUUGACGACUUAUACAUUAGAAGGAGGUUACGAAUACGCGGAUGACUACCUUGACUACACGAAAGUAUCCAAAGAAGAUUCUCCAGUAGAUGCCAUCGAUUUUUUUCAUGACGCCAGCCAAAGAAGUUGUAAUAAAAUGCUGUUAUCUCCAACUUUCAAACGUUUCUUAACCGAACACUCGAAUAAAAAGAAACCAUUCGAUUUGAUCAUCCACGACAUCACCAACUGCGAGUGCUUCUUGGGACUUGUACCUUUCUUCGGGAAUCCAAAACUAGUAUUAGUGACGGCCUUCGCUGAGUCCCAGGCCCUCUAUGUGAUGGGCAGCCAGGGCCAUUUGAUUCAAUCUCCACAGCAGGUCACCCAUUUCAGCCAUCCGAUGAGCUUCGCCGAAAAACUGCAGAAUCUGUUCUACAACCUUUAUAAUUAUUAUAGGUAUCACAAAUAUGUGAAUUUCUUAGAUGCUUCUUCAAAAGAUGUCUUGGGAAAAUCGAAUCCUCACGUCCUGGAGAUAGCGAAGUCAGCUGCUGUGGCACUCGUCAACGCACACCCUAUCAUCGACACUCCGAAGUACUAUAGUCCUGCAAUAAUCCAUAUACCAGGAUUCCACAUUGAUGAAACAAAGAAGCUUGAUGCGGAGACUCAAGAAUUUCUGGAUGGUGCAAAACACGGUGCUAUUUAUUUCAGUCUUGGUACAAAUCUUCACAGUUCAUUGAUGUCAGAAGAUAGGAUUAAUAUUUUCCUGAAUGUGUUUAAAAAGUUAAAACAAAGAGUUUUGUGGAAAUUCGAGGUACCCAAUAUCAAAAAUUUGCCUGAAAACAUCAAGAUAUCAAAAUGGUUUUCACAGAAUGAUGUAUUAGCUCAUCCAAACGUAAAAUUAUUUAUCAGCCAUUGUGGGUUGAUGAGCACUCAGGAAGCUAUAUAUCAUGGAGUUCCAAUUAUAUCAAUGCCGUUUUGGAUGGAUCAACACUCUCUAACAAGAAAAUUAUUGAAGAAAGGAGUUGCUAUUCCAUUAUCAUAUGCUGAAUUAUCAGAGAACUCAGUUCAAGAAGCUAUUGAAAAAAUCCUAACAAAUAAUAGUUAUACCUUGGAAAUGAAAAGAUGGUCAAAAUUAUUUGCAGACCGACCCAUGAAACCAAGAGAACUGGCAGCUUUUUGGAUUGAACAUGUCCUGCGGAAUGAUGAUCAUCAGUAUCUCAAACCUCCAGAGACCUUCCUAAGCACAUUAGAACUUUUCUUUUUUGAUUUAAAAACAAUAUUAGGAAUUGUUUUGGGACUAAUGAUCGCAUCCUUAGCUACUAGCUUCUUCAACAGGAAGAAACAGAAAAAACUAAAAACGAACUGAUUGAAGUUUUUCAUUAUAGUUAAAUAUAAUCACAGAUGCAAAAUAAAAUUAAAUCCCUUUUGCAUCUAUGAUAGUUAAUGACUGACACUGCCUCGAUUAUUUAUUUUAAUAAACGAAAUGAAAUAAUUUCUUUCAAUGUUGUUAAAUGUUAGUAGAUAUUGCUAAACAGUUUAAGGGAGAACCAUUUAAUGUGCAUACUAUAUAUUAUUACUGAAAUGACAAUCGGCUUUUGAAUUAUUGCAGGUUUUUGAGAAAAUGUUUUUACAAAUUCAGUAAGGUGUAUUUAACAGGUUUUGAGUAUGUCCAUGUCCCUUCAUAAGCUCUGCAGACAAGGUUCUCCCUUAAGUUGUUUGCCUAUAAUAUUCACUUAUAGUGUUAUGAUUGUAUAUUUUAAUAGUUUUUUUUAUUUUGUCAAAUAUUGGUUAAGUUUCUUACUAGUAGUAUUAUGAAGUUUUAACAGCCUCUCAGGGGGAAAGUGACAAUCAUCAACCAGAACACUCGUCAAUUAUUAUGAAAUAUUCAAUAAACAUUAAAUUUUGAUGACAAUUGUAUGUAAAUGAUUUUAUUAUAUUCAAUGACUUAAAAAUUGAAUUUUCUGUUCAAAGUUAUUAAUGUUUUGCUGUUGAUACCACAUUUAGUUAUAAUAUCAAUUAUUUAAAUGACAAACUUAGAGAGCAUCAUUUGAUAGCUCGUAAAAUGAAUUCUAUAUCAUUUCGUUCAAUCCACAAUAUAUUUUAUAUUCAGUGUAAUACAGGAUUGAAAAUUUUUUGUUUCAAGAUUUUAAUUAUAAGUUUGUUUAUAACGUUAUAAUAUAAAAAUCAUUUAAAUUGUUUAAUAAUUUUUUAUAUGAAGUCUUUGAAAAGAUUAUUCAACAAUAUUCUGUAAUUUAGAAAAAAAAAAGUUCCUAUAAUGUAAGAGAGGAAUAAAGUAUUAAGCUUUGUUAUCUGCCUUAAAUCUAAACCCUUUAGUUUAUUUCUUGUUGAGUUGAAAUGUAUACUUUUGUUAGGUUAUUAAUAUUGCCGAGAAAUAUUAAAUCACUUUGGAACUUUAAAUUACAGCCAAUUUUAUUGAUAUAUUUUUAAUGAUCGAGAACAUAUUCAUUAAAAUUUAUAACUGUAGCAUGAUGUUGUAAUUGAAAUAAAUCUGUAAAUUAAAAAUUAUAGCAUAAAUAUUAAUUUUAAUGGAAUUACUUAGGUACAAGAGAGAAUUCAGGUACAAUAAAAUUAAAAAGUUGUCCAAUUAUGGUGAGUUGCUAAUUCAUAUAGUAUAUACAUCACUAUGUAAGUUGCUAAUUCAAUAUAUACAUCACUAUGUAAGUUGCUUAUUCACAUAGUAUUUACAUCACCAUGUGAGUUGCUAAUUCACGUAGUAUAUACAUCACUAUAGUAGAUAAUAUCUAUUAAAACAAACAAAAGAGAGUAAGAUGGAACUGGUAAAUAUAAUAAAUAAAUGAAUGAAUUGAUAAAAACUAAUACAUUGCUAUAUUUAUUUUAUUAGAAUUUUAUGUUUAGAUGUUUGGAAUAUACAUAUAUUUUGUUUCUUAUAAGAAAGUCUGCAAACAUUAUUGUUCUCAAUAUUCCCGUUGGUACAAAACAUAUUUUUAUUUAAGUUGAUAAUCGAUGUCAAUAUUUCAUUGUCAAGUCAGAAAUGCAUUGAUUGAUACACUAGAAAACCAUAAAAUAUGCAUUGGGAUUGUUCCUAAAUAGAAAACAAUUGGUGCAUCUGAAAUAAAAUAUAUUGUAAAUUGCAAAUUCACAUUAUCUUAUAUUGUUUGCACAUUAUCUUAUGCUUGUAUCUCACAAAUUUUGGCCUAAAUGUCAUAGUAUUAAUACAUUAAUUGAUUUAUUAAAUGCUUUUGAAUAUCUAAAAUUAAAGAAUUUUAUCAAAUCAAUUGAGCAAUUUAUCGGAAAAAAAUUUUCUACUGGUCAAGGCUACGAUUUUUGUCGGAAGGGGCAAGCUUGUUUUUUUUUUUCUUCUGCUAUUUUUUCACUUCCCUUCUGUUUUCACCGGCUCCACCUAAUAAAAAUUGAUAAUUUAUAAUCAGCAUUAUAGGUAAUUUAUUUAAAAAUAAAUAUCACUAUAAUUAACUCAUGUCAUAGAUUGAAUUAAAGUAGCAACAACCAAAUAGUACAAAGAAAAAUUAUUUUCUUGAGAUAA